AUGAUUAGUGUAAUAUUACCAUUUUUAAUAAAAAAAGAUAAUAAUAAUAACUUUAAUAAUGAGCUUAAUAGUUUUAAAAUAUCAAUAGGUAGUAUAGUAAAUCAAACCUUUAAAGAAUGGGAGUUAAUAAUAGUAGAUGAUGGAUCAAAUUUAAAUGAAAUCGAUAGUUUAAUAGAAUCUUUCAAACUUUCCGAUAAUAGAAUAAAAUAUCAUAAAAACGGUGUAAAUAAAGGAAUAGUAAAAACUCUAAAUGAGUCAAUUAUCAACUAUUGUUCCCCAACAUCAAAAUAUAUUGCUCGUAUGGAUGCUGAUGAUAUAUCUCAUCCAAAGAGAUUAGAAAAUCAAAUCAAAUAUAUGGAAUCAAAUAGUGAAAUCGAUAUUCUAGGCUGUCCAAUAAAGAUGUUUAAUGACGAGAAGCUAAAUCAAAUAUUAGAAGAGAAAAACUUGGCUAAAAUAAACUCAAUGGAUACUAUUGAUCAACUUUUGUCAGUAAUAAAUAGAGAGGAAGAAAAGGAAAUAUUCAAAUUCAUCCAGUUUCCAGAUAAAGAUUUGGCAAAUUGGUCAAUGUUUUUUAAUUGCUGCCUAGUUCAUCCAUCGGUUUUAUUCAAAAGAUCCAUUUUUGAUACAUUUAAAUAUCAAGAUACAUAUCCAUUUAUUGAAGAUUAUGAUCUAUGGUUAAACUGUAUAGUUAAUGGUAAUUUAAAGUGCUCAAACAUUCAAAGUAAUACUCCUUUGCUAUUUUUAAGAAAGCAUGGCAACUCAGUAUCAUCAAAAAAUAUAGUUAAGCAAAGAGAAUCAACAGCACAAGCUUCAACAUUUUAUUUAGAAAAACUGUUUGAAAAGAAUGGCAUUAAAACCUCCAGUAGUAAUGCAUCUUUAGAUAGUGAAGUAGUUAGAUUUUUAAUAAGCCCAGUAAAGUAUAUUGCAGAAAAUAAUGAUACACUUUCAGAAGAUACCUUUGAAAAGUCGAUCGAAUACCUGGAAGCUAUAGAGUCAUCAUUUUUAAAUCAAGAAAAUCAAAAAUACUCGACCAACAUUAAAGAUGCAACAAAUGAAAGAAUAGGUGAAAUAGCCUCACUUUGCCUUAGUAAAUUCCCAAACAAUCAAAAAAGCGAAGCUAUGUGGAAGAAAUGGAUAUCAAGGAACCCAACAUCACAACUACUAUCAUUACUUUCAAAUCUAAAAACAAAUGAAACUAAUAAUAAUAAUACAAAUAAAACCAGUGAUAGCAAUGCAUCUUUAUUAAAUUUUUUAUCAAACUCAAGUACCAAUAAUAAACCCACAAUAAAUAGUAAUAACAAUAAAUUUAAAGAUAAUGGAAUAAAAAUUAUUUGUUUUUCAAAAGAUAGAGCAUUUCAGUUAAGAGAGCACAUCAGAACAUUUUUCAAGUAUUUGUCCGAAACUGAUAGUAGUUUUAAAAUCGAGUUUAGUGUCUUGUAUACUUAUUCAAAUUUAAAAUUUAAGAGUUCAUACCAAGCAGUAGAAAAAGAAUUUCCAAAUGUUAAAUUUAUUAAAGAAGAAAACUUUACCGAACAGCUAAUUCAGGAGGCACAAAAAUCAAAUACGAUGGAAUUUACUUUGUUUUCUGUAGAUGAUAUUCUAUAUUUCCAUCAAUUCAAUAUAUCAAAUUAUUGUAAAAUAUUAAAAAAAGAGACAAGUUCAUUGGGUUUUUAUAUGAAGAUGACAUCAAACAUUACAUACUGCCAUACUGCCGAUGAAGAAAUUACUAUUCCCUUAUCUUUGUCCGAAUUGUCAUAUGAAGAAACAGGUGGAGAAAAGUAUUUGAAGUGGAAUAGAUCCGAAUCAGAUUGUAAAAGAGACUGGAACUACCCCUUUGAUCUAUGCUCAACUAUUUAUAAGACAUCAGAUGUUGACUCCAUAUUAAAUGGAAUUGUCAAAUACUACGGAAUUAGAAAUGGUAUCAAUCAUCCAAAUAGACUAGAGUUCAAUGGUAAUAGAGCAAUCAUUCAAAAGCAGUGCUAUCAGAAUAAACCAUAUUGUUUAUGCCCCACUACACCUAUUAUGUCAGUUGUCACAAUUAAUAGGGUUCAAGAUGUUUACGACAAUCCAAUUUAUGACCAAACCCUAUCUUUAGAGGAUUUAGAUAUACUACUCCAACAAAACGAUCAAUUAGAUGAUUUAGAAUAUUACAAUAACUCAAAAUCAUAUAAAAGUGUACACAUUGGCAAUUUAUAUGUUUUAAAAAAAUAA